GAAUAGCCGACAAUAAGUAUCAAGCCAAACCCAAACUUCCCGCGUGCGACUCAAGAGAGCCCAAUUGAGGCCUGCUUAACAAAGGCCAUGAUGGGAUUCGGCACACGGCUCCCCCGCUUAUUCGGUUAUCAAGACUUGGGGUUUCUUUGCAGAUCCCGGCAGUACAGCUGAGGGGAAACAUGUCACGUUGGUCAUCUUGCGUAUAAAAAGCCUACAGAGGGGACUGCAGGUUACCAUGUCAUUGCAACACAGAGAGUCAUCUUUCCCUCGCUUGGACUUGAUCCUCACGAGCAACCAUGUCUGAUCAAGUUAUCUACCUCGCUAUUAUCAUCGGCCUGUACGUGCUGUACAAGUUGGCCAAUUCGACUGAUCAGCCAAAGAUCAAGGGUAUCCCCGAGAUUCCCGGUGUACCACUUUUCGGAAACUUGAUUCAGUUGGGGACGGACCAUGCUAGAGUUGCGCAGAAAUGGGCCAAGAAGUACGGACCUGUCUUUCAGACACGCCUUGGGACCAAGCGAGUCAUCUAUGUCAAUUCUUAUGAGGCCGUAAAGCAUUUCUGGAUCACCCACCAGUCUGCACUCAUCUCCCGUCCCAUGUUUCACACUUUCCACUCAGUUGUUUCUUCAUCUCAAGGUUUCACUAUCGGCACUUCACCAUGGGAUGAGUCCUGCAAGAACCGCCGCAAAGCUGCCGCCACUGCCCUCAACCGUCCUGCCGUUCAAUCUUACAUGCCAAUUCUCGACCUCGAAUCUCUCGUCAGUAUCAAGGAACUUCUUGACGAUUGCAAGGACGGAAGCAAGGAUCUUGACCCAUCGCCCUACUUUGCUCGAUUUGCGCUCAAUACCUCUCUGACUUUGAACUACGGCUUCCGUAUUGACGGCGAUGUUAACUCUGAGCUUCUCCAUGAAAUCACCUAUGUUGAGCGCGAGAUUUCCAACUUCAGAUCGACUAGCAACAACUGGCAGGAUUACGUUCCGCUGCUUCGACUUUGGGGAGCGCAAAACUCAUCGGCUGAGGAAUUCAGAGUUCGACGUGACAAGUAUCUGUCUGAUCUUCUGGCCAAUCUCAAGAGUAGAAUCGACAACGGUACAGACAAGCCUUGCAUCACCGGAAACAUUCUGAAGGACCCGACCGCCAAGCUGAACGAUGCCGAGAUCAAGUCUAUCUGCCUCACUAUGGUUUCUGCGGGUCUAGAUACAGUUCCGGGUAACGUGAUCAUGGGCAUCGCAUACCUCGCAACCGAACACGGCCAGAAGAUUCAAGCCAAGGCCCUGAAGGAGAUCUACAAAGUCUACCCCAACGGCGAAGCAUGGGAGCGAUGCCUCGUGGAAGAGAAGGUUCCAUACGUCACAGCCCUCGUCAAAGAGAUCUUGCGGUUCUGGACAGUUAUUCCCAUCUGCCUGCCUCGGGAAAGCAUCAAGGAUAUCCCAUACCAGGGUGCCGUGAUCCCUGCAGGAACCAAGUUUUUCAUGAACGCCUACGCCGCAGACUAUGAUGAAACCCGAUUCGCGAAUCCCUAUGAAUUUGACCCUGAGCGAUACAUCGACGACAAGGAGGUCGGAACGCCUCAUUACGCCUAUGGUGCUGGAUCACGAAUGUGCGCUGGCUCUCAUCUUGCGAAUCGCGAGCUUUACACAGCUUUCAUCCGCCUCAUCACCGCUUUUGAGAUUCUCCCUCCCAAGGACAACAAGGACUUCCCCGUCAUGGACUGCAUCGAGUGCAACGCCAACCCAACCUCGCUGACAACGGACCCUAAGCCUUUCAAGGUCGGAUUCAAGCCGCGAGAUGAGGCCAAGGCUAGGGAAUGGAUUGCUGCUGGCGAGGAGCGAACUCAGGACAUAAGGUAAUGGUCUGGAUAAGAGUUUAAGAGAACGGGAAGUGGGCAAUGGAAGAAUUGUAAGGUUUGACAGAUGGAGAUUUAAACCCUUGCAUAGUGUUAUCUGUUGUUGUCUAAAUGAGGCAGAGUCGUUUCGCUACCCGUUUCGUUACGAGUCAUCUACACUCUACCCAUGCAGAUAUCGUCAGCUGCACCAAUUGACGCGUCUAUCCUAGCUAAAUUAAACAAAAUUUAAGGCUAAAAACUACUGAAAUGAAACGGUUUCUCACAA